UCCCUCCUCACCAGAGAUUUAACCACUUCUAGAUUGAAGAUUUCCGACCUCCGAAUUAAAAGCUUACGUGGUCGCCAGCCACCGUAGGGUCUCCGGUGAGGACGAAGGAAGUGAGAGAAUGGGGGAGAGAGAGAGAGAGAGCGGGAUGGACUGGGGAGCGACCGUGACGGCGCUGGCGAUGGAGAAUGGAGGGGAUGUUGGGUGGUGGAGGAGAAGUGGGAUGGGUCCCGGGGAGUUUUUAUUUUUCACUUUUUGAACGGUAAAAGAUUUUCUUGAUAGAUUUAUAGGCGUUUGGCUAAAUACAAACUCAAAUCCGUAACGAGAGAACUGCAGAAACCUGGGAGCACUAAAAUCCCGUCCCCCGUCAUCCUUCGCCCGCCGUGAGGGUCGGUUGUGAAUCAGCAGUUCCAGAAGUGCGCACGCCAACUUCAGAUAGUUUUUUGAAAGAGAAUGGAAAGAACAGAGACUAUAGAUAAUUUCAAAGUUGGAUCUCUGCCGACUUUAAUUUACAUUCCUGACUUCAUUACGGAUAAUGAACAAACCAUGCUUCUAAAUAAGAUAUAUGAAGCCCCUGUAUCGAAGUGGAAAUCUUUAAAGAAUAGGAGGCUACAAAACUGGGGCGGUACUGUCCAUGAAAAGGGUCUUCUACCACAGGAUUUGCCCUCAUGGCUAACCAAGAUUACAUACAAGAUAUAUGAAGAAUCAGGGCUUUUUCCAUUGCCAAUUAAUCAUGUCCUUAUCAAUGAAUACCUUCCUAACCAAGGCAUUAUGGCACACCAGGAUGGGCCUGCUUAUUAUCCAGUUGUAGCAAUCUUGUCCCUCAGGUCACCUGUUGUUAUGGACUUUACUCCCCAUUCAAGACUGACAUUGUGUAGAAGCAUAUGCACAAAUGAUGUUGAGGAUAUAAAUUCUGAUAGGGGAGUUACUAAGAUUGAUACAGAUAAGUCAAUGGAUGUACACCAUCCUUUUCCUGUCAUAUUAAUGCCGCGCAGCUUGAUGAUCUUCAAAGAUAAAGCAUACUCGGAUUACUUGCAUGCUAUCAAAGACGGUGAGGUACAAUGUUAUGAUGGGGCUGUAAAUGAAGUAGAAGCUCUACAUGGGCAAGUUAUGGAUCAUGCUUCGUCACAAUUGGAUGGAGCUGUUGAUGUAAUGAAAACUGGGGACCUCAAGAGUAUUCAUAGAACUACCCCUAGAAUUUCAUUGACAUGUCGAUUAGUUCCGAAAGUUUAUAAAAAUGUGUUCAGGUUUUAGUCUCUGGCAAGUCUAAUCUAUCUGGAAGCUUUUCACCUUUAAGAGCUUCAGACGAUGACCUAGUUUGAUGCGGGUGGUACUCACAGAGAUGUGAGAUGUAUUAUGGAUGAUUUAACAAACUUUGCCAUACUACAUAAAAAUAGAGCGAAUUCAUUUCUUUCA